AUGAAUUCCUAUUUCACAAACCCGUCGCUCUCUUGUCACCUCACCAGUGGUCAAGAAGUCCUGCCCAGCGUGCCGCUCAAUUCCACUGCCUAUGACCCUGUAAGGCAUUUUUCUACGUAUGGAGCCGCGGUUGCACAAAACAGGAUCUAUUCAUCUCCUUUUUAUUCACCGCAAGAUAAUGUUGUGUUUAGCUCCAGUCGGGGACCAUAUGAUUACGGAUCGAAUGCCUUUUAUCAAGAAAAAGACAUGCUCUCUAGCUGCAGGCAAAAUUCUAUGGGACACAAUACACAAACUUCUAUUGCACAGGAUUUUGCAAGUGACCAAAACAGGAGCACGUCCCAGGAACAGAAAGCUAGCAUUCAAAUAUACCCGUGGAUGCAGCGCAUGAACUCCCACAGUGGAGUCGGCUACGGAGCAGACCGGAGGCGGGGGCGUCAGAUCUACUCGCGCUACCAGACCCUGGAGCUGGAGAAGGAGUUCCAUUUUAACCGGUACUUGACGCGGCGGCGGCGGAUUGAGAUCGCCAACGCGCUGUGCCUCACCGAACGCCAGAUCAAGAUCUGGUUCCAAAACCGGAGGAUGAAGUGGAAAAAAGAGAGCAAUCUGACUUCCACGCUACCGGGGGGAGGCGGCGCUGGAGCAGCCGCCGAGAGCUUGGGCGCGAAGGAAGAGAAAAGAGAAGAGGAGACGGAGGAGGAAGAAAAACCGAAGGAAUGA